AUGAAGCAGUGCUCCAUCAACUCAUGGGAAAGACAAGCAAACGCUCGCCCAGCCUGGAGGCUCGCAGUCAGGCAGGGUACAUCGAACGCAGAGGCUGAGCGAAACAAGAACGCCACCCAGAAAAGAUCCAGGCGGAAGCAGAGGCUACAACAGUUACAACAGCCAUCCGCCUUCACCUGUACCAAGUGCGGCAGGGACUGCCACUCUCGAGUCGGACUGCACAGUCAUUCUCAGUGGUGCAGCCUGACAAAUGGGGAAUAUUGCCAUAUUCUGGAAAGCCCAGAAUAUCCUCUGCUGUCUAAAGAUGGAGAUGUGAUAAUUGGAGCUAGCUUUUCAAUAUAUAUACACGAUGCCACACAGAUGGUGUCAGUGGCAUACACUGAAGAACCUAAACCCUUAAUCUGCAUUAGAUUUAACCUCAGUGAAUUCCGCCUAGCUCAGACUAUGAUUUUUGCAAUAGAGGAAAUCAACAGAAGCAACAGGUUGCUACCAAAUAUCUCAAUUGGUUACAAGAUUUAUGACAAUUGUUUCUCAAGGUUGUUAUCUUUAAAGGCAGCCAUGGCUUUAAUGAAUGGUGUGGAAAUUGAAGCAGAUGGCAAUUGCCCUGGCCAAGCAUUAGUACAAGCCAUCAUAGGAGAAUCAGAGUCUUCUCCUACUGUAGCACUUACAAGAACUACAGGGCCUUUCAAUAUCCCAGUGGUAAGUCAUGCUGCCACAUGUGAUUGCUUGAGCAACAGAAAAGAGUACCCCUCUUUUUUUAGGACCAUAGCAAGUGACUACUACCAAAGUAGAGCACUGGUAUAUUUGGUCAAGCACUUUGGCUGGUCUUGGGUCGGAGCUGUGAACAGUGAUAAUGAUUAUGGCAACAAUGGAAUGGCCAUUUUCCUAAAUGCAGCCAAAGAAGAAGGGAUAUGUGUUGAGUACUCUGAGAAGUUUGACCGUAGAGAUACUUCAAAAGUCAUGAAAGUGGUAGAUAUUAUCAAGACAGGCACAGCAAAAGUGAUUGUAUUUUUUCUCGGUUAUAUUGAUAUGAAAAUUCUAAUGAGCCAGCUUAUUCUAAAGAAUGUUACUGGGUACCAGAUGAUUGGUGUUGAAGCAUGGAUUACUGCUGUCAACCUAGUAACACCAGAAAGUUACAACAUACUGUCUGGAUCCAUUGGGUUUGCUGUAGAGAAAUUGAAAAUUGGUGGUUUUGCCGACUAUGUUAUAAAUGAAUUUUGGCAUUCAGCAAUUCCUUGCUUUCAUGAAGAGGGAAACUGCAGCAAAUAUAAAGAUAUUAUUCAAUUUAAAAAUUACAGUGAAGAUAUAUUAGAUUUGACAUAUGCAAAUAACUUAUACAAUGCUGUUUAUGCUGUGGCACAUUCUCUGCACAGCCUUUUAAACUGCACACAAAACCAGCAUUGUGAAAAAGACAAACGAAUUCAAUCAUGGCAGGUUGUUGACUCUCUGAAAAAGGUAAAUUUUACCACCAAAUUAGGGGACCGUGUUUUUUUUGACAGCACUGGGGCAACAGCUGCAAAGUAUGAUGUAGUAAACUGGCAGCAAGGACUCAAUGGGCAGAUGCAGUUUAAGGUUGUGGGCUGUUAUGAUGCGUCUUUUCCAAAUGGACAACAAUUUGUCCUAAAUGGUGAAAAUAUAGUCUGGGCUGGAGAGAACGAAAAGACACCAAGGUCUGUGUGCAGUGAGAGCUGUCCACCAGGCACCAGAAAAGCUACACAGAAAGGAAGACCUGUCUGCUGUUAUGACUGUAUACCAUGUCCAGAAGGAGAGAUCAGUAACCAGACAGAUUCAAAUAACUGUGAGCAGUGCCCAAGAGAAUUCUGGUCUAAUCCUGGUAGAGAUAAAUGUGUGUUAAAAAUUAUAGAGUUUCUAUCAUUCACAGAGGUUAUGGGUAUAGUACUGGUAGCGUUUUCUUUAGUUGGAACUGUAUUAACAGUUUUAGUAGCUAUUUUAUUUCUAAUAGAAAAAGACACUCCCAUUGUUAAAGCCAACAACUCUGAGCUGAGUUUCCUGUUGCUUUUCUCCCUGACUCUCUGUUUCCUCUGUUCACUUACAUUUAUUGGACGGCCCUCUCAGUGGUCCUGUAUGCUGCGUCACACAGUGUUUGGGAUCACUUUUGUCCUCUGUAUCUCCUGUGUUUUGGGGAAAACAGUAGUUGUGCUAAUGGCCUUCAGGACUACACUUCCAGGCAAUAACGUUAUGAAAUGGUUUGGGCCUCCACAGCAGAGACUUAGUGUACUUGCUUUUACUUUCGUACAGGUCCUUAUUUGUGUGUUUUGGUUAACAGUUUCACCUCCUUUUCCCUACAAGAACAUGAACUACUACAAAGAAAAGAUCAUAUUAGAAUGUAACAUAGGCUCAGCUAUAGGUUUUUGGGCAGUGUUGGGUUAUAUUGGUGUUCUGGCUUUCUUGUGUUUUGUUUUGGCCUUUUUAGCUAGAAAGCUGCCAGAUAAUUUUAAUGAAGCUAAAUUUAUCACAUUCAGCAUACUCAUAUUUUGUGCAGUGUGGAUCACCUUUAUUCCAGCGUAUGUCAGCUCCCCAGGAAAAUUUAUUGUAGCUGUUGAGAUAUUUGCCAUUUUGGCCUCUAGUUUUUCUCUACUAUUUUGUAUAUUCACACCUAAAUGUUAUAUUAUUCUGUUUAAACCUGAACUCAACACAAAGAAAAAUAUGAUGGGUAAAAUGGUAUCUAAUUCACUUUAA